AACAUACUCCAACAAUUGUCGUAUUCGGUGAUCAAUCAAGCGGUAAAAGUUCCGUUAUAACAAGAUUGACCGGUGGCUUACCAAUGCCAAGAGCAUCUACAAAAUGCACGACGACACCUUUCGAAAUACGCAUGCUACAAACCGAGGAACCAAUACGUAAAAUCACAUUACGUUACAUUGAAGACAGAAAUCGUAUGCUGAUACGACCAAGAGAAAUUGAUUUUGCCGAUAUAGCGAAAUCGAGUAAAAAGGAGAUCGAGGAUAAAUUGCGUGAAGCUCAACGUUAUGUACAAAACCCGAGUAUUCGAGAUAUCAAUUCACGAUUGCCUGAUCCAAAUAAUGAUGAGUUGGCUUUUACAAAAAAUGCCGUAUGUCUUACAAUUGGUGGACCCGCGCAAAAGUAUAGUUUGUCUUUGGUCGAUUUACCUG